AUGUUGAAGACACUAACGUCCGUGAUCAUACUUAUUUUUGCCUUAAAUGGACUUACCGCGCAACAGGAGUUCAAUAUAAGACUGAGAACAGCUAUAGAUGGUUACUAUUCUGAAUCACAUAACGUGAUUACAAGAGAUGGGUACAUUUUAGAAGUACAUAGAAUUCCUUUCCGUCGUUUUCGAAUAAAGGAAAAUGAUUCAAAGAAUCCCAAACCAGUGGUAUUCUUGAUGCACGGCUUACAAGGCUCCUCAUUGUCCUAUAUAUAUUUGGGUCCAGAACGUGCCUUAGCUUACCUUCUUGCGGAAGCUGGCUACGACGUUUGGAUGGGUAACGCAAGAGGCGGUCUCAAUUCUCGCAGACACAUUUUCUUAAACCCAGAUACAAAUGCAGAAAGAUUCUUCAACUACUCCUAUGAGGACAUCGCUUUGAAGGAUGUAGCAAGCACGAUUGACUACAUUUUGAAAGUUACAAGACAAUCGCAGCUUCACUAUGUUGGACAUUCUCAAGGCGGAACUGCAUUUUUUGUUUUGAACUCAUUGCGACCCGAAUUCAACACCAAAAUUAAAUCGGCUCAUUUACUGGCUGGUGUUGGUUAUAUGGAGCACUUUCCUAACAAGAUUUUGAAUGCAAUCGCUUUCGGCACUAACUUGCUUUAUUCCGUCGCCUUAGAGCAAGGUAUUGUAGAAGUUCUGGGACCAAGAGACGCUAACAGUCUGAAUGAAGAAGAAUACAACAAAAGUCCAGCAUACAGUCUUCUGCUGACUGUUAUAGAUGUCAUUGUUUCAAUUCACAAACAACUUGAAAUGGUAACACCAGCAUCACUGAAACAGUACGCUCAUUUUGGUCAGAACAUAAGAGCGAAAUCAUUUAGAAGAUUUAGCUACGAUCCUCUUGAAAAUUUUAUUAGGUAUGGAUCUUUAUCCGCUCCCGAAUAUGAUUUAAGCAAAAUCAGCGUUAAUAUCACUAUGCAUUAUACAGUCAACGAUCACCUUUUAGAUGAAAGGGAUGUUCUGAGUAUGGCUAGUGUGAUACCAAACGCCAAAGCUCGUAAAAUAACGCGUGAAACUUAUAACCACAAUGACUUCGUCCUGGCACCUGAUUCUAAGGAGUUGCUCUACGACUACAUUCUGGAAGAAUUGGAUAAGAAUCGUUAA